AUGUCCAUCCACAUGCAAGGCCGCUGCGUCUGCAACCGGCUCCAGUACGCCCUCAACCUCGACUCCCCCGACGCCGCCCGCACAACGCUCUGCCACUGCAACAGCUGCCGGCGCGCGUUCGGCGCCAACUACGGCCUGACGGCCAAGGUGCCGCUGGACGCCUUCCGUUAUGAGGCGGGUAGCCCCAGGAGGUAUAGGCAGGAGAAUGGGGUGACGAGGGAGUUUUGUGGGGAAUGUGGCGUGUUUGUUUGCGAGUAUGGGGAAGAGGCUGCGGAUAAGUUUCGCUAUGUUGUGUGGGGGUCGCUGGACGAGCCUGAGAAGGUUCCGCCGAAGGGGGAGUUCUUUUGUGAGAGCCGGGCGGAGUGGAUGCCCGAGCUUCAAGGUGUGUUUCACAAGAAGGAGAUAAAGGAGUAG